AUGGAGUUCGGGCCGGAGGACGAUCGGCACGAGGUAGGGGUCGAGCUCGGCAACGGCGCCACGGGGCGGGUGUUUGCCUGCAGACGUCUGCGCACUGGAGAGGAGUUCGCCGUGAAGGUCGUCGACUUGCAGCGCCUGGCGCUGCUGGGCGACCUGGACAGCCACCUGGCCAAGCUGAACAGGGAGGUAGACAUCCUCCAGCACCUCCACCACUCGAGAAUAGUGAAUCUCCACCGGGUCUAUAGCACUGGGAGCUGCUAUUUCCUGGUCAUGGAGCGUGUCUGGGGCGGCGAGCUCUUCCAGCAGAUCGUGCAGAAGAAGAGCCUGAGCGAGCCAGAGGCCAGGUACGUCUUCCGCCAGCUUCUUGAGGGCGUGAGCUACAUGCACACUAGGGGCGUCAUGGGGGCCGGCGCGGUUCCACCGUGA